AUGUCUAGCAAAAUCGUUCAAAAUGAAGAGGAUCCAUUCGAGAUCAAUGAUCUCGAUUCCGGGCGGAAGCUGCUGCACGAGUACAGCGGAAUUCCCGAUGAAGAUAUGAGGGAUCAUAUUGAAUUAAUUCAAACAAAAGCUCUUCAAGUGCGACCUUAUCCAUGCAUUAGACGGUACCGUUUCUUGGAUCUGAUCAUGAUGACCACGGAUGUGUAUCAAGAAGUCUUGGAUCGAGUAAAAAAGGGUGAAAAAUUCAUGGACCUGGGCUGUUGCUUUGGCCAAGAGAUUCGCCAACUUGUCCACGACGGCGCGCCUUCUGCCAAUACAUAUGGCUCCGAUCUUUGGGAAGACUUUCUGUCCAUCGGCUACGAAUUAUUUAAAGACAAAGACCGACUGGAAACUAAAUUUAUAGCGGCUGACAUCUUUGAUGAUUCUUCUCCGCUUGUGGGAUUGACUGGAAAGAUGAAUAUCAUUUAUGUUGGGGAUUUUUUCCACCUCUUUAGUCUUGAAGAACAGGAGAAUGCUGCAACCAGAGUCGCUCAGCUGUUGGCCCCACAACCUGGUUCUCUAAUUAUUGGAAGACAGUCAGGUAGUGAGAUUGCAGGGGAAUAUUCGCGGGCUAGUGAUACCAGCGGGAGGAGGCACUUUCAGCAUAAUCCCCAAAGCUGGAAAGAGCUGUGGGAGCGCAUUGGCGAGAAAACGGGGAUUAAAUGGUCGACAGAGGUGAAUAUAUGCCCCGAAUUCAAGUUCAAAUCCGCUGUGCGGGAAGACAAGUCAAGUGAGGUUCAACGUCUCAUGAGCGCCAAGGGGUUGAGAUUUAUCAUCAGGCAGUUGUAG